AUGACGGAUGACUCGGGUGACGAGGAGCCCGCCUCGCAGUCAGACAAGAGCGAGCUGCACGGCCCCCUGAAGACUCUGUCGAGUAAACUGGAGGACCUGAGCACCUGCAAUGACCUGAUCGCCAAGCACGGCGCGGCCCUGCAGCGCUCGCUCAGCGAGCUGGAGAACCUGCGCCUGCCGGCCGAGAGCGGAGAGAAGAUCAAGGCGGUGAACGAGCGCGCCACGCUCUUCCGCAUCACCUCCAAUGCUAUGAUCAACCCGGAUUUCCCGGCGGACGGGGCGGUGCUGGAGCGGAGCCGCAUCGGACGCGGUUGGGUGUGCGAGUCACGCCCUGUGGGAGCAGCAGCACCCGAGUGUCUCACAGUCCAUGUGCCCACAGGGAGUGUGCAGCCUGCAAAGGGAGAGGCCAGUGAUGAAGAUGAGGAGACGGAGUAUUUCGAUGCCAUGGAGGAUGCACCAGCUUUUAUCACUGUAACUGCCGACCCCAAACACCACAGGUACGACCCUCCAGCCCCACUGGGAGCGCUGGGAGAGUGGGGAGGGCAGGUUUGCCUGGCAUCUGGCUCAGGCCCGAGGGCAGCAUCCCCUCCCAUGGGAUCACUCUGUGGACAAGUCCCUCAGAAAACUCCUCCCAAAGUGAUCUCAACCUCUACCCAGGGCUCCCUGUCUGGCUGCUCCUGCAUUCCUGGAGCCAGCCAGGCUGAGGAUGGCCCCAGCUAUAGUGAAGAAGGUGAGGAAGGGCAGGUCUUUGAGAGCUCAAAUCAAAGCAGCUACAAUGAGUCCACGUGCAAGGAUCUCCUGCCGAAGAAAAGGAGACGGACUCGCAUUCCCGACAAACCCAACUACAGCCUUAACCUCUGGAGCAUCAUGAAGAACUGCAUUGGCAAAGAGCUCUCCAAGAUCCCUAUGCCUGUGAACUUCAACGAGCCUCUGUCGAUGCUGCAGCGGCUCACGGAGGACCUGGAGUACCACGAGCUGCUGGACAAGGCGGUCAAGUGCGAGAGCUCCACGGAGCAGAUGUGCUUCGUCGCCGCCUUCUCCGUGUCCUCCUACUCCACCACUGUGCACCGCACAGCCAAGCCCUUCAACCCCCUGCUGGGGGAGACCUUCGAGCUCGACCGGCUGGAGGAGCUUGGCUUCCGCUCCCUCUGCGAGCAGGUGAGCCACCACCCCCCAGCAGCCGCCCACCACGUGUACUCCCGGCGAGGGUGGACGUUGUGGCAGGAGAUCACCAUCGCCAGCAAGUUCAGGGGCAAAUACCUCUCCAUCAUGCCACUGGGUGCCAUCCACCUCGAGUUCCACUCCAGUGGGAAUCACUAUGUGUGGAGGAAAGUCACCUCCACUGUGCACAACAUCAUCGUGGGCAAGCUCUGGAUUGACCAGUCUGGUGAAAUAGAGAUUGUUAACCAUAAGUCCAAAGAUAAAUGCCAGCUGAAAUUUACCCCCUACAGCUACUUCUCCAGGGAUGUGCCCCGAAAGGUGACAGGGGUGGUGAGUGAUGCCGAUGGCAAAGCCCACUACGUCAUGUCUGGCACGUGGGAUGAGAAGAUGGAGUGCUCCAAGAUCCUGCACAGCAGCCACGGCAGCAGCAGCACGGAGGGCAAGCAGAAAACCGUGUACCAGACCCUGUCCCCAAAGGUCCUGUGGAGGAAGUACCCACUCCCGCCUGAGGAUAAGCAGCGGGCCGUGCGCCGCAGGAGGGAGGCCGAGGCCGUGGAGGCCCUGGAGGAAGGGAAGGACUACGAGGGGUACAUCCCGCUGUGGUUCGAGCGGAAGGUGGACGCCGUGACCGGGGAGCUCAUCUGCGUCUACAAGGGCGGCUACUGGGAGGCCAAGGAAAAGCAGGACUGGAGCGUGUGCCCCGACAUCUUCUGAGCCCCUGCCCACGCUGGGGCCGCCCCGCAGGACACCGGGACAGCCUGGGCACAGCCCAGGGACAGCCCAGGGACAGCAGGGACAGC